AUGUCACCGCAAGCGCUCAACCAACAGCGCAACAACAAUCAAAAAACAACAACAGCUCAAAAAACAACAGGAGGGGCCCAGCCCAGGGAGGCGCCUCCAGCAAACAAAAAGAAAUCUCCCACAAACAACAAGCCCGCCAGAGGCGGCAGACCCAACGAGGAAGGUCCCGUCCGCCCCAAGAGGCAACCGCCCAAGAGCCAAAGCAGAGGCCGCCCAAGGGGCGCGCAGGCGGCAGGGCAGGACGAGGAAGGGGAGGAAGAGCUGGAGGAAGAGGCAACGCUACCUCCAGAGGCCCACAAGAUCGAACAGAGGCGCUCCAGAAGCUCCUCUCCCAGCAGGAGAGCAGAACUCCAACACCAGGAGAAGCAGGUCCUCCAGGCGAUCGACAAGGAGAUAGAGCUCACAUAUGGCUUCGUCUCAGACCCCGACCUCCAUCUACACGACAAUGACAAAUUAGACUCCUUCAUAUGCCGGCUGGUACUACUUUGCCAGGCCAACCAACCUUGCAUACCACGACCUUACACGACAAUUAAGCCCCCACCAGGCCUCUACUCACUGUUGGGCCUGGGCCACAAGUUCAUUCCUACACCUAGAUACUCCCACACUUGGAAUGACAUCGAACAAACACCCUCACCAGGUCUCCAGGGACCUGAGGGUAAAAGCCUUCUGUAUUGGCCACAUGCAGGGACAACACAGACAAUACAAUAG